GCAUGGGCCAAUCGGUUGGGGAAAUGUCACCACAGACAGCACACCCUCCUUUUUUCAAAACCAAUCAGAGUGGAAGUGUGGCGUUUUGCCUGAGGGGAAAACUUACCCCUGAAUGUGUUAAUUACGCAUCACUUAGCUGUUGCCAAUGUGUUCACAACAGCGGACCCUCUUCUGGGCUUCUUUCAGCAACUGCUUUCAUUUUUCUGCCAAUCUAGUAUGGAUAGUAGACAACAAUGGCUCACCAGGCUGAAAAAUGAACUUAGUAACAGUCCUCUGGCAUCAAACGUGGCUUUUGGCUUUAUCCUCAUGGGACUAGAAAAGCUGAUGGAACUGGAGUUUGAGUGUCCUUGCAACCCUACGUGGAAUGGAGUGUUUUCAUCAGCGUUCUUCGUCAUUCCUGCCGUCAUGGCUUUCACCCUGAUGCUGAUCAUUCAAGGAUGUAGAUGUGACACGCGGUGCAGGAAAAGCGUCUCCAGUAUUGUUCCUGCGGUCGUGUGGCUGAUUCUGUUGUUCCUCGAUGGCCAAUACUUUGCUUGUGCUAUGACAGAUUGGGAGGGCAGAUUUGUACUAGUGGACAAGGCAGCUCCCCAGAAGUGGUGUGAGCCAAUCAGUGAGGGCAACGGGACCCCACAAGAACUAAUGCUCCGCUCACAGCAGCUGUUUGUCUUUUCUCAGGGUAUUGGCCUAGUCCUCCUCAUUUUCAUCUGUGUGGGUCUCAUAGGGUAUGUAGUCAGAGAAGGCUGCCAACAAGAGGUGAACAUGCAGGAUGACAAUGCAGCUGAGCUGAGUGUGCUCAGGAUGAGCUCUCUGCAGACCAGGACAUCCUGAGAGAGCAAACACCUCACCCGCCCCGCUGAUACGGAUGCUUUGCAAAUAGCCUGAACAGACUAUACUGCAACUUUUCAUGACGACUGUCGACGCGUUUGGGAGUAUUAUUCCUCCAUGAAAAAUAGACACUGGUGAUUUUGAAUUACGCGGCUGUUUGAGGCUGUGUAAAUAACUGAAAACAGUGAUUCUUUUGUUUACCUUUGAGUUGUUAGCAAGAUUUGUACUUGCACCGGUCUGAUAUGUGUCACGGUAUAUUGUUUUUACCUGUAUGUAAAGCAGCGGUUUGUAAUGCAGUUAACCACAGAAUUGAUUCCGUGGUCUUAUAUCGUAAUGUAUUUGCAGAUUCAUGCAUGUAGUCCGAGUUCAUCUGGUUUCAAGAGGGAGUCACCUCCUUAUCUCGUCACUGCAGAAGCAGCAAUUCGACAACUGUGUCCUAAACUAGGUGACUGUGUUUUUUUUGUCUGGGAGGUACAUGGAAUCUUAGCGUUACAUGCUAUGUUCCUUCUCUGGAGUAAUUAUUUGUAAACAAUCUCUCCUACUUAGUAAAAGAAGAAAGACUAUUUCUGACUGACAGACUUGUUAUUUCUUUUCUCACCACUAUUUCCACCACACCACUCUCAUGUCCAGUAAUUACAACGCUGUAAAUAUCCAGUAUUCCCUUCCAGCACUUCUAAAAGUGACUGAUGCACAUCCCAGUCGGAAAACAAAACAAAAGCCCUGUAUGACUCAUAUUCCAUGGGUUUAUAUUUGACUAUCUAUAAAGAAAUUGCAAGGCAGCCAGCAGAGACUCCACUCCAGAUAGUUUAUAUUCCCAGCCAAGAAAUGCGUUGUCUCAAUUUCGAGGGGCUGCAUCUUUUUGAAGGCCUCAUCUGAAGACGUACUAUGUGACCGUGUUGCAGGUUUGUCAGAGAUUCCUCCACGUGGCAGAUAAUUGAAUCCUCUGUUUUGUUGCUCCAGCCUUCACAGUUUAUAAUGGCCAUUAAGCGCGAGUCCUUCAAAGGAUGUACCUAUGAACUGAGACAGCUGUAAUCCACCCCCCCCCCCCAAAAAAAUCCCAACUAUUCUUUUACAGUCUUUAUUUUGAACUAAGAUAAGUGGCUGCUGAUUCCAGCAUCUCAUUUCGAGUACAGAUACAGAACCUAGAUACACUGCCGAGACAGACGCACAGACUGAGUCGUAUUGAUGUUCUUAUCUAAUUCACAGCAGGGAGAGAAUCAGCACCACCUGACCCAAAUUAUGGGUCAGGUGGGUAUGUACAUUUUCAUUUUGCGACCGUGAUUUUUUUUUUAAAGCUAUAUUGAAAUAAGUAAUAACUGACAGCUAAUAUCAGCUUUUUCAUUUGGGCAAUCUAUCAAAUCAAACUGUUAGUGUUAGUGUAAACUAUAGAUUGCCCACAUGAAAAAGUUCCAACAAUGGUAUUGAAAGUCCUCAUACAUACACAGGUUCAGUCCCCAAGUGAUGUUCCUAAUGAAUUAUGUUGAAAAAACGUUCUAUCUCUGCUGCAACAAGCAAAAAGCAGGAUGUAGACAUUUGCAUCAUGAUUUUUAUUGUUUUAUAAGAAACUAAUCCUCACAAAGUUGCAGUCAGGAGAAUUUCCUAAAGUGUGAUUAACUACAUUGUGGAACUAAGUGUUACUAAGUAAGUAGCAUCUCUCUAGAAAGUAAAUGUAUUCCAAUAAUAUUUGAUUUUUAUUGUUUUGAUAUUCACAGCAAACCUUGGUAAAAUAAAGUAUCCACUUUA